AUGUCGUCCGCCGCGACAGUGCCGCCCCUCACCUCCAUCAAGGCGCUCGCGUUCGACGUCUUCGGCACAACGGUAGACUGGCGCUCCUCAGUCACGGAGGAGCUGACACUCCGCGCGUACCGCAAACGCUCCGCCAGCCCGUCGCCAGCCCUCAAAGACCGCCUGGACGGCCUAGACGAAGACGACUGGGGCCGCUUCGCGCAAGCCUGGCGCGAGGCGUAUAUCCAGUUCGUAAAGUCCUUCGACCCCGAGCGGGACGCAUGGAAGUCCAUCGACGAGCACCACCGGGACAGCCUCGUCGAGCUCCUCGAGGCCUGGGGCCUCCAGGGGCUGUUUACAGAUGCGGAAAUAGACUCGCUCAGCCUGGUGUGGCACCGCCUCGUUCCCUGGCCCGAUGCGGUGGACGGGCUGGCCAGGCUGCGAGACAGCGGGAAACUCGUGCUGGCAACGCUGUCAAACGGAAACACGGGCCUGGUGAGGGACUUGAACGACUUCGGGGGCCUGGGCUUCCACCGGCUGUUUUGCGCCGAGACGUUUCGCGCUUACAAGCCACGCCCGGAGACAUAUCUCGGCGCGGCGAGGGAGAUGGGUCUGGAGCCGGAGCAGGUUGCCAUGGUUGCUUGCCAUAUGGGCGACUUGAAGGCCGCCAAGGCGUGCGGUCUGAAGACGAUAUACGUUGAGAGGCCGGGGGAAGAGGCGUGGGACAAGGAGGGCGACGAGUUCAGGGCGGCGAGGAACUGGGUGGAUCUGUGGAUUGGCGAGGAACACGCGGGCUUUGUCACCAUGGCGGACAGGCUCCUGGAUGUCUUGUGA